CCGCCAGCCAACUUGCAAGGAUCUUUAUACAUAGGCUUUGAAUGAUCCGUAGUGCCUCACAGCUUUUCCUUCUUCCUGAGUGUCGAGAGUUCCGUCCCCCUCUGAUAGUCUCAAAAAAUGGCAAUGAUCCUUGAUGCCUUUGUGGGAAGAUCCAUUGACAAGCUUUUAGAAUUUAUGGCGGAAGAGACAUCCAUGGUGCUGGGCGUGAAGGAUGAGCUCAAGAAGCUUCAGAGAACGAUGGAGAGGAUGAGAGGCUUCCUCGAAUCCGCAGAGCGGAAGAGGCAUGCAGAUCCGAAUAUCAAUACGUGGGUGACGGAGUUGAAAGAUAUCAUGUAUGAUGCGGAUGAUAUCAUCGACCUCUGUAUGAUCGAGGGCAGGAAAUUGUUGGAAGAUGAUACGUCUAGAUCAGCGGUACGCCAUCCCUUAUCUUUAUUUUCUUGCUUUAGCUGUGUCAAGUUCCGGCAUGAAAUUGGUAGCAAAAUUAGAGAACUUAAUGACAGGCUAAAACAGGUGGAAGAGGAUAGAUCAAAAUUACCUACAUUAGAAUACACUGAGAAAGAUGUUCAAGUGAGAGGAGUAAAUCAUCGCCAGACUUUUCCUAUUGAGGUUGAGUCUGAUAUUGUAGGGACACAAAUUGAAGAGGCUGCGGAGAGUCUUGUGGAGUCGUUAAUUAGAGAAGAUAAUAAAAAAUACCGAAUUUUGGGGAUUGUUGGGAUGGGUGGAAUAGGCAAGACCACUCUUGCUUCUCACAUAUACAAUGAUGAAAGGAUAAAAGAGAACUUUCUUAUACGAGUAUGGGCGUGUGUUUCUCAGGAAUUUUCGGAGACUGAAUUGUUGCAAGAGAUAAUUAGGGCUGCAGGUGGAAGUUGUGGGGAAGCUAAAACCAAGGCGGAGCUCGGAGCCCUUCUGAGCUCUGCACUUUCAAAAAGUUUCUUGAUUGUGUUAGAUGAUGUAUGGAGGACAGAUGUAUGGGAGGAUUUGCUUAGAUCUCCUCUUAAAAGUGCAAGAGCUAGUGGUAGGAUAGUGAUCACCACUCGAGAUACAAACGUGGCUAGAAAUAUGAGAGCAGAGAUCCACCCAGUUGAUAAAAUGGAUAAGGACAGUGGCUGGAAAUUGCUCCGCAAGAAAGUUUUUGGAGAUGAUGAUGAGGAGGAGGAGAUCUCUAGUUUAAAAGAAAUCGGGGUUCAAAUUGUUGAAAAAUGUGACAGUCUUCCUCUUGCAAUCAAGGUCAUUGCAGGGGUUUUAAGGUCGAAGGAUAGAAGCACCAUAGAAUGGAAUAAGGUUCUCAAAAGUGAUGUCUGGUCCAUGAGCCAACUUGAUGAAGAACUCCCAGGAGCUCUAUUUUUGAGUUAUGAAAAUUUACCAUCUAAUCUUAAACAGUGUUUUCUUUAUUGCUCGUUGUUUCCUGAGGAUUGUAUCAUGCGCCGUGAUGAGCUUAUUCGUUACUGGGUAGCUGAAGGCUUUGUAAAAAGAACACAAGGAGAUAUAAUUAUGGAAGAUAUAGCAGAGGACUGUUAUAGAGAGUUAAUUGGGAGGAACCUUUUACAGCCAUAUAAUGAUGAUGCCUGGGGUGACCUACCUGGGAAUCGGUGCAAAAUGCAUGAUCUGCUACGUUCCCUUGCUCUCUUUUUGACACGUGACGAGAGCAUUUUUCUUGGCGGCGAGCAAUCAUCUAACAUAAACCCCUUGACUAGAAUUCGUCGCUUGUCCAUAGGAGAGAGAGUAGAAGUCCCUCAUGCAAUAAAACAGCAAAAGUGCUUGAGGACUCUAAUGCUCCCAAGCAGUCCCGAGACAAAGAUGAUAGAGAAUGAACUUCUUGAGAGACUGCGGUUUCUACGAAUCAUAGCGGUGAAUGGCACACAAAUUGAGAGGCUUCCAGAGUCUAUAGGAGAUCUUUUGCACCUGAGGCAUUUAAAUCUUGAUGGGACAAACAUCAGAUAUUUGCCAGAGUCCAUCGGAUGCCUCGUAAACCUGCAGAUAUUGAUGCUCUCAGGUUGUAGCUCCUUGCAUGCUCUCCCUAAGGCCAUCACAAAAUUGUGCAAUCUAAGAUGCCUUCGUCUCGGAGGAGGAACUCGAUUGAAUCAUGUACCAAAGGGACUGGGCAAAUUAAAACAUCUUAACCAUCUUGAAAGAUUUGUGGUCGGCCAUAAUGAUGGAACAGGCACGCAAGAUGACGAGGGGUGCGAUCUGGAGGAGCUACAAUCUCUGACCCAGCUGAGAUUUCUGUCGAUAAUGAACUUGGAGAGGGCACAACCAGUGAGAGCUUCGGUACUCGCAAACACCCACUCUCUGAGGACACUGAUUCUGACUUCCAACCAACUUGAAGAUGCGGAAGAAGCAAUUGCAACUCGGAGAAUUGAGGAGAUUUACAAUGAGCUCUCUCCUCGAUCCACCGACCUAGAAACACUUAGGAUCAAUUCCUUCUUUGGUACUAGAUUUCCCAGCUGGAUGAUGUCACCUUUCUUGGAUGUCUCCUUUUCUAACCUGACAUCCAUACAACUCAAUGAUUGUAAAUCAUGUCCGCAGCUUCCUCCACUGGGCCUGCUGCCCCUGCUGAAAUACCUUCGCAUUGAUGGAGCACGUGCAAUCAAAACCAUCGGACCUGAAUUUCUUGGCCCUCGUGCAUCAGCAGGAGCAGGGACUGCAUUUCUCAAGCUUGAAGUGCUGGAAUUUUGCUUGAUGGACAACUGGGAAGAAUGGUCGUUUGGUAUGGUGGAGGGAGUUGGUGAAGAAAGAAAAGGAGCCUCCAAGUUGCUGCCUUGUCUCAAGAAGCUGUUUCUUUGGUACUGUCCCAAGCUGAGAGCUCUUCCAGAAGGACUACGGCAUGCCACCAGUUUACAGGAAUUGGAUAUCUAUGUUACCGACAACCUAAUAGAAAUCGAUAACCUUCCCUCAUUAAAGUCUCUACAUAUAGAAAGUUGUCCGAGGUUGGAGCACGUGAAGAAUCUUGAUAGGUUGCAAUACCUAGACGUAGGACACCCCACGGAGACAGAGCACCUCUCACAGUGGUUACUGGAGCUACUUCAAAAUGCGCCAGCUGCUCUACAAAAUUUAAAAAAAUUUACACUAACAUGCAGCUUACCACUCCUUAAGACCUUCCUCAAGGACGGCCCCAACUGGCCCAUCAUUCAACGGAUCCCCCAAGUCAGGAUCCAAGAAUAUGGCGAAAGCUCAUAUAUUGAGUAUACCAAGAACCCUCCCGCCUUCAAAACCGACCUGGUGGAAUCAAAAGAAUCGGCGGAUUGAUAAAGCAAGUGUCCAGAAGCGUCCUCUCUUUUAUUGAGAUACCACUGCUCGUGCUUCCUUCUCGAUCGAGGACAGCGGAUCACUGGCUGCUCAGCAUUUUCCCUAUCUUUCGCUUCAUGUUUUCCUCCCCCUCCGUUUUGCGGUUCUGUCGCUUGAUUUAAACCUUUCUGUUUGGUUUUAUUUUGCAUGCCUUCUGUAUUUUCUGUUUCUUGGAAUUUUUGAUACAUAUGUAAUUUCUGUUUCCUCUUGUUUUGAUGACAUGAUCAUUUACUUUUAGAAUUUAUAUGAAAUCAAUCAUCAUUUCUCUCAAACUCUC